GUCACUAUCUGUCGAGUCAUGAUCUAGAACAUGAGUCCACAGAGGGGCAGCCUUUAAUAAGUGGACAAUUUAUCACUUUGGUAUCAGUAUAGCAGUAGCGCAGCGUCUCUUUAAAUUACAGGACUAGUUUUGAGAUCAGCACCACAAUGCCAAGCUACAAGUUGACCUACUUUAACGUACGGGGUCGAGCGGAGCUGGCGCGGUAUCUGUUCCUCGCCGCAGGACGGGAUUUUGAAGACUACCGGAUACAGAGGGAGGAUUGGCCAGAACUUAAACCUAAAACGACGUUCGGUCAGUUGCCCAUUCUGGAGGUGGACGGGGAACAGCUAGCACAGAGCAACGCCAUAGCACGCUACCUGGCCAGGGAGUUUGACAUGGCAGGAGAGAAUAGCUGGGAGCAGGCAUUGUGUGACCAGACGCUAGAACUCAUAAAUGAUCUCAUUAAAGAAUUAGUCGCAGUCUUCCUAGAGAAGGAUGAGGCCAAAAAGGCCGAACUGCAGAAGAACGCUGGUGAAGUUGUGUUCCCAAAGUUUCUGGGCAUUUUUGAAAGUAUGCUUGCCAAAAAUGGGAAAUACUUAGUUGGAAGCGGGCUGACGGUUGCUGACUUGGCCCUAUAUGCUGUUUUCGACACACCAUUACAGAAUGUACCGAAUAUGAUGGAUAAAACACCAAAAUUAAAAGCACAUAGAGCUAUGAUUGAAGCGAUCCCGAAGAUUAACGAAUACAUUAGCAAACGCGAGAAGACGGACAUUUAAUAAAUAUUGAUCGAUGGGAAAGACAAACUCGUGCGGCAGUUACAUAGAAGAGAAUUACAAUCGCUCUCAUUUCAGAUAUUUCUUUCGACUGAUAUGAUCAGUUUAGGCUGAAUAAAGCUUCAGGGAAAUUUA